AUGGGAUCAAUCGCUCAAGAUGCGGCUGCACCUGCACAGCUCUUCAAGCCCUUCAAAAUCGGCAGCCUGGAACUAAAACACCGCGUCGUCAUGGCCCCCUUGACUCGCUACCGCAACGACGAGAACCACGUUCCCCUUCCCUUUGUGGCCGAUUAUUACUCUCAGCGGGCAUCUGUUCCGGGCACCUUCUUGAUCGCUGAAGCGACAGCCGUCUCACCUCGUGCAGCCGGAUACUCCAACCUCCCUGGAAUCUGGAGCAAAGACCAAAUCGCGUCGUGGAAACAAGUCACCACCGCCGUGCACGCCAAGGGAAGCUACAUAUUCCUUCAACUCUGGGCUCUGGGCCGCGUAGCAGAAAAAGAAAUUACAGACAAGGAAGGCGUCAAGAUUGUUGGGCCAAGCAGCAUCCCCAUGGAUAGCGAACACCCGGAGCCCGAAGAACUGAGCUAUGAAGAGAUCCAGAACUUCGUGGCGGAUUACGGCCAGGCGGCCAAGAACGCGAUUGAGGCUGGAUUCGACGGCGUUGAGAUUCACGGUGCAAACGGCUAUCUUGUCGACCAGUUCAUCCAGGAUGUUUCGAACCAGCGGACCGACGAUUACGGUGGCUCGAUUGAUAAGAGGAACAGGUUUGCCUUGGAGGUUGCAAAGGCGGCCGCCGAUGCCAUCGGUGCCGAUAAAGUCGGGUUUAGAAUCAGCCCCUUCUCGACCUUUCAGAGCAUGAAGAUGGCCGAUCCCCAUCCUCAGUUCUCUGCGCUGGUUAGAGAUCUAAAGGCCCUAGAUCUGGCGUAUGUCCAUGUCGUCGAGUCGCGGAUUUCAGGUGAUGACGCUGGUCAAGGCACUGAGAAGGUCGAUUUCAUGCUGGAUAUCUGGGGAGAUGAGAAGCCCUUCCUGAUUGCUGGUGGCUGGAAGCCCAAGGAGGCUCAGGCGGCUCUGGAAGGUAAAUACAGCGGCAAAAACGUCGCUAUUGUCUUUGGUCGGUACUUUUUGGCUACGCCCGACUUGCCCUUCAGGAUCAGGCGAGGGCUCGAGCCAAACAAGUAUAACCGUGAUCUGUUCUACGCAAUCAAAUCGAAGACUGGGUACAUUGACUAUCAAUUCAGCAAGGAAUGGGAAGAAGCCAGCAAGAAUGGCUUGGAGAAUAUCUUGGCAUAG